AUGAAGACAGGACAUUUUGAAAUGGUCACCGUGCUGUUGGCACCUAUGAUUCUAAUGGACAUCCUCCAGGUAAAAGCUGAAAUGUUAGAUAUGGCAGAUAAUGCAUUUGAUGAUGAAUACCUGAAAUGUGCUAACCGGAUGGAAAUCAAAUAUGUUCCUCAACUGUUCAAGGAGGAAAAAGCAAGCCUCCAGCUCUUAGAAGACGUGUGGGGAAAUGCAGAAGCCAAGUGGGAAGCUCAGAAGCCUCAGCUCUUUCUCCCUGUGAAUUUCAAGGAUAACUAUGGUGUAGCCCUGAUGGCCUAUAUUUCUGCAGCUCAAGAGCAGUCUUCCUUUUACCGUCUGUUCAAUGAAGCUAUGGAAAUGGCUGGCCAGUCUCGAAAAGAUUAUGUCUAUGGCUUCCAGUUCAAAGCUUUCCAUUUUUACCUGACAAAAGCUCUGCAGUUGCUGAGAAGAUCUUGUGAGAACAGUUACAAAAACGUGGUGUACAGCAUAAGGCUGAAUAGUUCAUUUACAUUUGGAGGGCUGAACCAAGCCCGACUUGGCCAUUUCACCUUGGCAUAUUCAUCCAAACCUCAAGCUGCUGAUGACCAGCAUGUUCUGUUAACCAUCAAAACAUGUUUUGGAGUUGCCGUUGAAAAAUUUCUUGAUAAAGAAAGUGAAAGAAUUGUUUUAAUACCUCUGAAUGAAGUUUUUCAUGUGUCACAGGAUGAGGCUAGCAAUAACCUUAUCCUUCAGAGCACAAACAGGACCUGCAGCCACUAUGAGUGUGCGUUUCUAGGUGGACUAAAAACUGAAAGUUGUGUUGAGAACAUGGACUAUUUUCAACCUGUCUACAACCCUGGUGAGGAAAACCAGAAGCUGGAAAACCCUGAAAUGAAAAGCCAGGAAUCCACUGUCUUUCCUGGUAUGAAAAGCCAGGAAGCCACCCAGAUACCUGGAAUGAAAAUUCCAGAAUCUUUUUCACUACCUGGAAUAAAAAUGUUACAACCAGAUGAAAAACCUGAAGACAAAAGCCAAGAUAUCAACCAGCCUACUCCAGGCCCAGCAGUUCCUGUUCCAGGUCCCAAAAGCCAUCCCUCUGCAUCUUCUGGCAAAAUGCUCCUUCCCCGGUGUGGGACAUUCAUCAUUUUACUCAGUGCUGCUGCUAUCUCAGUCGCUCUGUAG